AUGAGUAUUAUUCGAAUUAGCAAUCGACUUUUGCCAAUUUCGGCUAUAGGUAGAAAAACAACUAUUCUUGCCUUAAAACCACAUCCUUAUUAUUAUUAUCAUGGUCAACGUAUUCCAUCGAUUGACGCUAAUCGUUUGCAAUUAUUGUCAUCGAUACAUAUCCGGUCAUUUCAUUCAUCAUCGAUACUUUUCGAUGAUAAAUCUAAAUUAGAAAAAACAGUAGAUUUAUUAAAAGAUAAAGUCGAAGGAGAAAAAGUCAAGCCAACAACAGCAGGUACAACACCCAUUCCGAUUGUUACUACUGGUACCACAGUUUCUACGACUACUCCUGCUACUACAUCAGCAGCUGAUCAAGCAGUCGCUAAACGUAAAUCACUUGGGGAACGAAUUAUUCAUGAAUUAAAACAUUAUUAUAAUGGUUUUAAAUUAUUAUUUAUUGAAACUAAAAUAGCAUUUCGUCUUUUAAGACAAGUUUUAAAUGGUGGUACAUUAACACGACGAGAACGAAAACAAUUUACACGUACAGCUGCUGAUUUAUUUCGACUUGUACCAUUUUCUGUUUUUAUCAUUGUGCCAUUUAUGGAAUUUACAUUACCAAUAUUUUUAAAACUUUUUCCUAAUAUGUUACCUAGUACAUUUAAAGAAGCGGAUAAAGAAAACGAAAAAUUAAAAAAACAAUUAAAAGCAAAAUUAGAAGUAGCUAAAUUUUUACAAGAUACAUUAGAAGAUACAGCAUUAAAAUCGACAAAGAAACGUUCGGAUGAAACAUUAACAGCACAAUUUGCGGAAUUUAUGCAUAAGAUUCGUUCAACAGGUGCUCAUCCUUCAACUGAAGAGAUAAUGAAAUUUUCAGCAUUAUUUGAAAAUAAAUUAACAUUAGAUAGUCUUGAUCGUCCGCAAUUAGUUGGUUUAUGUAAACUUCUUGGUAUAUCAACCAUUGGUCCUGAUUAUUAUUUACGUUUUACAUUACAUUUAAAAUUACGUAAUUUAGAAGCUGAUGAUAAACUAAUUCAAGAUGAAGGUAUUGACAAUCUCACUGUUGAUGAAUUGCAAGCUGCAUGUCGUGAUCGUGGUAUGCGUUCACUUGGUGUUAGUAUUGAACGUUUACGUUCACAAUUACAACAAUGGCUUGAUCUUCAUCUUAAUCAACGUAUUCCAUCAACAAUUUUACUUGUAUCACGUGCACUUUAUUUACCAGAAAAUAUUCCACAAGAAGAUGUACUUAAAGCAGCUAUUCAAUCCUUACCAAAAGCAAUUGAUAGUGUAACAGCUGUUAAAAUUGCUGAAGUUAGUGGUGAACGUGUUGAUAAUACACAACGUAUUGAAGCUAUUAAACGUGAAGAUGAAGCUAUUAGAAAAGAAAAAGAAGAAAAAGAUAAACAAUUAUCUGAAGAAGAAAUUAAAAAGAAAAAAGAAACUGAAAAAGUUGUUACUCCAACAAUACCAUCGGAUAUACCUAUCAAAGAAAUUCUUGUUGAUAAAGCACCAAUUCUUAGCGAUAGUAAAAAAGAAGAUAAGAAAGAUGAUCAACAUAUUGAUGUUGGACAAUUUGAAAUAGCACUUGAACAACUUGUUCAACAGAAAGCACAAGAAGUUCAUUCAACUGUUGAAGAUAUUAAAGAACUUAAAGAUGAUGUUAAAGAAUAUAAAGACGAUGUUAAGGAAUUUGAAACAUUAGCUGCAACAAAACAUCUUAAACAUUUAAGUGAAACACGUUCUGCUAAAGCACUUUCAAAACGUAUUGAUAAACUUGUUGGUGAUCUCGAUCAAAUUGUUCAAACACUUGAUAAAAAACAAGAAACAAUUCAAAAAGAUAUUAAAACAAAAGAAGAUGCAGUAGGAACGAAAUCCGAUCAAAUACAAGAACAUAAAGAUUUUCUUACAGAAAAGAAAGAAAUUCUUGUAACAACACAAGAAUUAGUUAAUACUAUUCGAAAGAUUCAAAAGGUUUCCAAUACAAAUGUUGAUUCACAAAUUUGGGAUAUCAUCAAUCAAUUUGAUCAUAAUAAAGAUGGUAUAAUUGAAGCUGAUGAAAUCUUAAAAGCACUUGAAAUAAUUGAAAAUGAAAAAGUUAAAAUAUCGAAAAAACAUUUAAAAGAAAUCAUUGAUCUGGUACGAAAAGAACAUAUCGUUGAAGAAAAAGAAAAGAAAGAAGAAAUGGAAGCAAAAACUAAACAAGAACCUUCAACAACAACAACAAAACCUAAAAACAUUUAA